UGAAUAACAAUCUUCUAGUCCCCAGAAGACUUUUUAACCCUCUAGUCUCAACCUGGGACAGGGGUGGUUGGGUUAGAGUUGGCAUCAGCUGCAGGGUGUGGGUGGUUGCUGAGCCUUGGGGGUUUCUUUGUGGCUUUGGUGUUGUUUAUGGUUAAUUUGGAGGCAAUGUUUUGUCUCUUGCAGAUCUGUGGUGGUGGAUCCUGUUCUAGAGGCUUGGGGAAGCUGAGCAUGGCCUCACAGAAGGACCCAGACAAGAGCUGGAAGGAGAAGAAGCACCCAGAGAGCAAGAUGGAGCAGGCAAAGUACAGCCUCGAGAAAGAGGUCAAGACAGAGGAUAACAGUGAGGAAAAUUAUGACUAUGCUGAGUAUGAAGAGGAUGAUGAGGGUGAAGAUGACCAAGAUGAGGAAAUGGAGGAGGAGUAUGAGGAGGAAGAGGGAUUCAUGGUAUCCCCUUCUGUGUCACUCAAGCAGCUGAUUCAGUGCCCUGAGUAUGGGCAGAGCUUUACACAGCACUCCAGCCUCAUUGCCCACCACCAAACCCACAGUGGUGAGAAGCCCUUCAGCUGUGCUGAUUGUGGCAAGAGCUUCACACUGCGCUCCAGCCAGAUUGACCACCACCGAACCCACACUAGGGAGAAGCCCUUCAGCUGUGCUGAUUGUGGCAAGAGUUUCACCCUGCGCUCGAGCCUCAUUGACCACCGCCGAAUCCACACUAGGGAGAAGCCCUUUGGUUGUGCUGACUGUGGCAAGAGUUUCACCCUGCGCUCGAGCCUCAUUGCCCAUCGCCGAAUCCACACUGGUGAGAAACCCUUCAGCUGUGCUGACUGUGGCAAGAGUUUCACCCUGCGCUCAAGCCUCAUUGACCACCGCCGGAUCCACACUGGUGAGAAGCCCUUCAGCUGUGCUGACUGUGGCAAGAGUUUCACCCUGCGCUCAAGCCUCAUUGACCACCGCCGAAUCCACACUGGUGAGAAGCCCUUCAGCUGUGCUUAUUGUGGCAAGAGUUUCACAGUACGCUCUAGCCUCAUUAACCACCACCGGAUCCACACUGGUGAGAAACCCUUCAGCUGUGCUGACUGUGGCGAGAGCUUCACCCAGCGCUCAUACCUCAUUAACCACCACCGCAUCCACACUAGGGAGAAGCCCUUCAGCUAUGCUGACUGCGACAAGAGUUUGACUCAGAAGUCUGCCCUCAGCCAGCACUGCAGUGUCCACACCACUGAGAAGUCCUUCAGCUGCUGGGACUGCGGCAAGACCUUCAAACACAGCUCAUAUCUCACCAUCCAUUGCCGCACACACACUGGAGAGAAUCUGCUCCCCUGUGCAGAGUGCAGCAAGAGCCUCACCACGAGCUACAGAUAUAUCCAGCACCAACUCAUGCACAGCGGUGAGAAGCCCUUCACCUGCUCUGACUGCGGCAAGAGCUUCACCCACAGCUCUGCUCUCACCCAGCACCGUCGUAUCCACAGUGGUGAGAAGCCCUUCACCUGUUCUGACUGUGGCAAGAGCUUCACCCACAGCUCUACCUUCACCCAGCACCGUCGUGUUCACACUGGUGAGAAGCCCUUCACCUGCUCUGACUGUGGCAAGAGUUUCACCCACAGCAGCAGUCUCACUUCCCACCGUCGCACCCACACUGGUGAGAAGCCCUUCACCUGCUCUGACUGUGGCAAGAGCUUCACCCACAGCUCUACCCUGACCCAGCACCGUCGUAGCCACAGUGGUGAGAAGCCCUUCACCUGCUCUGACUGCGGCAAGAGCUUCACCCACAGCAGCAGUCUCACUUCCCACCGCCGUACCCACAGUUGUGACCAGCCCACACUGCAGGGCAAGCACAAAUAGACCCACCCCAGGUCUGUUAUGAAAAUUGUGCCCCCACCCUGAGAAGGCCUUUCCAGCAUAUUGAACCAAAAUUGCCUCUUUUUUACCUGCAUUUCUCAGAGGCUGGGGCCUCCAGCAGGAACAAACACCUCCUGCCCUGCUGAGCACCAAUUAGUGCUGCUGAGAAUAAUUGUGGUGAUGAGUCAGCACAGCCAGAGCUGUCUUUAGAGCUGGGCUGAACUGUGCAGGGAUUUGUCUGGUUCUUCCCCUACUCUUUGUGUCUCCCUGGGGUUAAAACCCCCCCUGUCCCUUGCCCAGUUUUGUCAAUAAAACCCCAAAGUGACCUAAA